UUAUUGACUGCUUUUGGUCGUGAGGAUUUGCGGUAGAUUCAUCCAUGAUGGCGGAGGACAGCGAGUCCGCGGCCAGCCAGCAGAGCCUGGAGCUGGACGACCAGGACACCUGCGGCAUCGAUGGAGACAACGAGGAGGAGAAUGAACACAUGCAGGGGAGUCCUGGAGGAGAUCUUGGUGCAAAGAAGAAGAAAAAGAAACAGAAGAGGAAGAAGGAGAAGCCAAGCUCAGGAGGAACCAAAUCUGACUCUGCCUCUGAUUCUCAGGAGAUAAAGAACCCAGCCAUUCCCAUGCAGAAGCUGCAGGAUAUACAGAGAGCUAUGGAGCUUCUGUCCACCUGUCAAGGUCCAGCCAAAAACAUAGACGAGGCCACAAAGCACAAGUACCAAUUCUGGGACACUCAACCUGUGCCCAAACUGAAUGAGGUAGUGACAACUCAUGGGCCAAUUGAGCCAGAUAAAGAAAAUAUCAGACAAGAGCCAUAUUCCCUCCCACAGGGAUUUAUGUGGGAUACACUGGAUCUCAGCAACGCUGAAGUGCUGAAGGAGUUGUACACUUUGCUGAAUGAAAAUUAUGUUGAGGAUGAUGACAACAUGUUUAGAUUUGACUAUUCUCCUAACUUUCUGAAAUGGGCAUUACGUCCCCCGGGUUGGCUGCACCAGUGGCACUGCGGUGUCAGGGUCUCCUCAAAUAAAAAGCUGGUUGGGUUCAUCAGUGCCAUUCCUGCAGACAUCCACAUCUAUGACACGUUGAAGAAGAUGGUGGAGAUAAACUUCCUGUGUGUACAUAAAAAACUGCGUUCAAAGCGCGUCGCACCCGUCCUAAUCCGAGAGAUCACGCGGCGGGUGAAUUUAGAAGGAAUUUUCCAGGCUGUAUACACUGCUGGUGUGGUCCUCCCCAAACCUGUGUCCACGUGCAGGUACUGGCAUCGCUCUCUAAACCCCAGGAAGCUAGUAGAGGUAAAGUUCUCCCACCUCAGCCGAAACAUGACGCUACAGCGAACAAUGAAACUCUACAGAUUACCCGAUAGUACACGUACCCCUGGUUUGAGGCCGAUGGUAGAGGGAGACUUGAAGCAAGUGACUUCGCUGCUGCAGAAAUACCUGAGCAAGUUUCACCUGCGACCCGUGAUGUGUGAAGAGGAGGUCAAGCACUGGUUCCUACCACAGGAAAAUAUUAUUGACACUUACGUAGUGGAGGGUUCUGGUGGGCUGCUAACAGACUUCAUCAGCUUCUACACCCUGCCAUCAACAGUGAUGCAUCAUCCUCUGCACAAAAGCCUGAAGGCCGCUUAUUCCUUUUACAAUGUCCAUACAGAGACGCAGCUCAUAGACCUGAUGAAUGACGCUCUCAUCCUAGCCAAACUGAAAGGUUUUGAUGUGUUCAAUGCGCUGGAUCUAAUGGACAAUAAGACUUUCUUGGAAAAACUCAAGUUUGGGAUUGGAGAUGGUAACCUGCAGUAUUAUCUGUACAACUGGAAAUGCCCCCCGAUGGAACCAGAAAAAGUUGGUCUUGUUUUACAGUAACUGGCUGCUUCACUGUGGAUGCUGAGGGACUUAAAGGUCCAUCUCCGAUUCUCUGAUUUGGACUUAGUCUACGUAAAGAGGAAAAACGGACAUCCAUUCAAAGUGAAUGAGUUAUGUUGUGCAGCUCUCUUAGGUCUUGUUGCAGUUAUUGAGGGGUCUCCCUCUUUUCUCUUUGUCUUUGACUCUCAGAGAAUGUGAGAAAUAUUAUCAAUGUCAAACACAUCCACAAGCUGUAUACACAUGUAUUUCCCUUAACAUGAAGUAUCCUCUCUCAGACAUACGUUUAAUUCCAUGUUUUGUUUCUGUUCAUUUGUUUUGUAUUAUGAAGGUGCGUUGAUACAUUUGUGUGAAUUUGCAAGCUGUACAUUUAAUGCCAGAUAUUUAUUACGUAUUGUGUGGUUAACAAUGGACCAGGAACAGGGGGUUGAAAUCCAAAGUCUUUUUUAUGGAGCUGCCUUUUGCCGUUUGUAAUUCCUGCUGUCAGUGGGAAAGUGAGUUAAUGUAAUGUGUGGACGAAUGUAUUCCAUUUUGAAGCACGCCAUGAACAUGUUUAUAAAGGGCCAGAAUGCUCGGAGUUACAUUUUUAAGAAUUUCGUUUAAGAAAAUGUUUUGUUUAGGUUUGUGUGUAGAAUUACGAAUGCGAGUUCUUUUCAGUUUUCUGUAAUGAAGGUGUGAUUGUUUCUCAUUACAUAGCCUCACCUCCAUUUUCAUUCUUAAUCAUUUAGUGUUUUUAAAUUAUUUUUUCAAAACAACAAUUCUUAAAAAUUGUAUUUUAGUUA